UAUUAUUAACGUCUCUUUAUAACAUGAUCCAAAGCCAAAAAAGUAUAAAUAAAAAAAAGUCUGUCGUCACAUGUGACAUGACCGUUUUUACAAAACGUUGUUAUUGGAUGAGAAUUCCAAUUUUUGCCUAAAUUUUGCAAACUCAAAAAUAUCUCUGAAUCAGUUAACAAAAAAACAUCAACUCGUUCCUUGUUUAGGCAUUCGUAUUAACCAAAAACCAAAAAAAGCACACACACGAGAAAUCAGAAAGUGUAAAAAAGAGAAAUAUUUUUUUUUUCUUUUUCGAUGCCUCCGACCAAUGAUUACCGAAUCUACGGCGAGCCACCGUCUACUUCGCCGUCUCCUUCACCGCCAAAGCCAAAAACAAGGAUUCUCUCUCUAUUCCUCGUUGGUGCAAUCAUGUUUUCGAUCUUUUCUCUCUUCCUCGUCCUUAUCGGCAUCGCCUCUGUUCUUCUUCUACCUCUCCUCCUCUCUUCUCUCCAUCGUCACCACCGACGUCGCCGACGUAACCGUCGACACGAAUCCUCAGAUGGGUUAUCUUCAAGAUUCGUGAAAAAGCUUCCUCAAUUCAGAUUCUCCGAACCCACGUCCACAUCAUACACACGGUACGGAAGCGAUUGCGUGGUUUGUUUUGAUGUAUUCAGACAGGGGCAAUGGUGUCGUAAUCUUCCUGGUUGUGGACACGUGUUCCAUCGAAAGUGUGUGGACACUUGGUUGCUCAAAGCCUCGACUUGCCCUAUUUGCAGAGCUAGGGUUAGUUUGAGGGAAGAAGGUGCACAAGAAGGAGAACUGUGGAGAUGUUUUAGUCGUAGACGAAGUAGUUUGCUAGAUUUGUAA